UGUUUUCGGGCUCGUUCAACUCUGUCUGAUCAUUGGUAACGAGCCAGUGCCAAGCGGUGCACAACAGGGAACAAGACCACGAAAAUUAUUCGCGGGAAGCUCCAUUACCAUACGUGGAGCCUACUAAAUCUGCGCCAGCUUGGGUCAGAGAGCGCAUCUCUUGAACAGACGCUACUGUAAUAUAGACUAGGAGGCCGGAAGAGCACACAUACACAAGCUAGAACAAUUGCGCGCUUCGUGCGUGCUCAACACACACACAAGUUUGGGAUAUUGGAGCCUACCGCAUAGUUCGCCAGAGGGGCCGGCCGCCCGCCCGCGCGGCCCUCGCCGCCCCCUCCGCGUGCCAGGCCACCAGCACCGACCCUCCAGGAGCAGGAAGUGGGCCAGCUCGUCGGACCGCCGGACAGCAGCGCCGUCGCCAUUCCCCGCCGACGCCGCGCCCACGUCAGCUUGUUUAUCUGCUGCAGCAGAAGCUCACGCUCAAACGAUUCAAGAUUCUCUUUCUGUCUCUUGACACAUCGUCUCUCUUCUUUUUUCUUUUCCAAACCCACCAAUUAAAUAAAAAUAAAAAAGAAGGAAAGAGAAUGGUGGGUUUGUGGAAAAGAAAAGAAGAGAGCGAUUAAUGGUCAAGAGACAAUGGCCAGCUAACAUCUUGGAUCUUCCUCUGGAAACCGCCUGCUGGACGAAGGUCUCCAGCGCCCACGUCGGCCAGGCCGACGCAGCGUCCGGCAUCCUUCAGGAGGACGUAAGACCUGGGUACAGGGGACUCGGAGAUCCCCGACGAGAUCGUCAACAAAAAUGACGAGGCCGAGCCUGCAUUUUGACGAGGCCUCCCGCUGCAGACAUCCCACGAAACUCCUCCUCGUCAAAAUCCGAGGCGCGGUCGUCAAAAAACGAUGGCGAACCCGAGUCCUGGCCUGGCGAAAUUAGAUUUCGAUGUGGCGAAAUUCUCCAGGACGACGGGGCCAUCAAUCCAGUACGUUGUUUUUUUGGGGGGCCGCGUGGUGCCCCACGCUCGGGCGGCCAUCCGCGCGCGCGCCCCUUUUCCCUUUUUUCGAAAUGGCUUGCAUUGCGCGCGGAGCGCGCGAAAGUCCACGAGUAUGUUGGGGGGAUGCCGAGGCCAGGCCGACGCAGCGUCCGGCAUCCUCUGCGGAUGGCACGGGGCCUGCCGCCCCCGGCCCUCUUGGGUACACUGCCUGCUGCCUCCGCGGCCAGAACCGAUCACCCGGCCGGCCCCUCAGCCAGACUGGCUGCGGCGGAAGAGGGGCAGGAGGAGGAGAACAGGAGGGGAGGAGGGCAGGAGGGGCAGGAGAAGGGGGAGGAGGAGGAGCAGGAGGGGAGAACAGCUUUGGAUCGCCCACGUCACACCGUCCUGCAAUUCGCAGGCCCAUCGGGCAAGCGGCGUUUGAGCUGGGCAAGCACUGAAACGGAAAGGGCGACGCAGGAACUUCGCCCCCCAAAAAAGAUGGCACCGUCUGUUCUUGGGAAACUUUGUUUUAAGAGCCGCUUCCAUCGUUCGCGCCAGCCGCCUUAGCGUUCAUUUGUUUUACAUGACCGCUUGCUCUUGGGCCUUGGCGCUCAAAUCUCAUCAGCUGACCACCUCACUUCUCUCUUGGGCUGACUGCGGGGUACGUAUCUGGCACCAUCUUGGUGUUGCCGUCUUGGGGCCCUUCUGGUGAACCCUUGAGCUGUCUUGGGGCAACCUGGGAAGCUGCCUUGGAAUGGGCGGUCGGACGUCUGAACAAAAUAACAGAACGCCGAACACCUUCAAACAAUGUGUUGCCUUUUGGGGCCACCUUGCGGGUCCCCUUGGAGCCCUACUGGCCCGUAUUGGGGGCACCGACAGCAGCAGUGACCAUGAGCAUCGCAACGUUCUUCACGAUGAGAAAGACACUGAAACGACAACGCCCAACAACCAUACAGAGAAUUCAACAAUGGUGGAACAAGCACAAACAAACUAUCCUCGCAAUGGCGUUUGCAAUGGCCUUUGGUAACCGUAAUGCCCUAUCGAUUCGAACUGCCAUGAUCUCUUACACCUGCUUGUAAGAUGGCAACCGUGAAACAUGGAUGACAACACAGGACUAUUGAAGACUGCUGUUGCGCUGAUGAUUGCUGCCGUGAAAAUGAUCUUGAUUACAUGGUCGGGUCACUCAUCGGACUGAAUGGGUUGUAGGAGCCGGCCUUCUUUCGCUGCCUUCUGCAUCUCGUGCCGCUCGCCCACGGCAUCCGCGAUUUCCUUUUGACGCUGCUCCGUUCCAUUGCCAUGGCCUUCCAAGAACUGAUCGUAUGCGAACCGCUUCAUCUUCCACUGGUCGACAAGCAUGAUGACCCGCAACGUGAAGAGCACCGCCAAGACGAUCUCCAAGGCACGAGGGAUGUGCGCUUGUGAACAACGGUGGGUCGCUUCGACGCACGCAUCAACAGAACGCAAAACAGGAUAUCUGCCUACGAUAUACUCAAGAGGAAUAUAGAAACAAAGCGUGAGGAUCAAAGAGGCGCUGGAGUACACAUCCCAACACGACAGCGACACCUCCUCGCUGCGCUCCUCGAUGUCCCAAUCACGUUUGGCCUGCUUCAUGACUGAAAGAGGCUUCUGGUCUAACAAAUACCAGAAUUGGUGGAUUAAGGCAGGUGCCACCACAGAGCCCGACGUGUAAUACGCUAAGGCUACGUGCAGAAACUGCGGGACCAUUCGUACACCAACUGGAGCACUGGUGACAAUGCCAUGGGCUAGGCCUGAAGCCAAAGGAACGGCCACUAUGCCCACCCAAACUGGGGAUCCGUAUUUCAAGCAAUUCUCGCAAAUGAAUACGUUCCAGAAUAUUUCAUGGCUAGUGACGCUGACGAGAUCUAUGCAGAAGUCGAAGAGAGGGGCCUUCGCAAACGCUGGAGCCUUGACCUUGGCCUUGAUCUUGGCCGCAAGUGUAUUGCUGCUGGACGGCACUGGACUCAACUCCCUGACGAACAUCUUUAAGACGUUGAUCUCGCCAUAUAAUGGGCCCGUCAUCAAGCGGGCAAUGCCUAAAUCAAGCUGGAAAUAAGCGAGUGUUGCAAGCACAUGGAAACCGGUAGCUAGGUCGCACUGGAUGGGCACGCAGAACACGCCCGACGCGAUUCCCAGGACAACAAAGCAUGGAAUGAUGAUACACAGGGCUUGCCAAGCCUGGCUCGGGAGGUAGCUCGCGCCUCCGAAAACAAUCCGACAAGGAACGAAUACGAUAAUACAGGAGCUCAGCACUGCAUAUGGGCUCCAAAGCCAACACAAUUGCAUCUCACUGGCCUUAUUCUUAAACUCGGGCCUGUUGUUCAGCGCGACUGCGGCCUUGGGCUGGGAGGGCGUGCGCCAAACUU